AUGGAUAGUGCUAGAAGUAGCGGCGACGCUACUGCCAACCCUAACGACAGUAAUAAUUUUGGUCCACCAUUUCCAAGUAAAAUGAUGGGAAACAAAUGGUUUCAGAAAGCAUAUGACACUGCUUUAGACUUUUAUGCAAAAGACUCUGCUCUUCAACAAAGGGACAGAUGGGAAUUAUAUGAAAGAUUUGAAAGAAUUGCAAAUUAUCAAAAGUUUGCAGGGUUUUCCACUUUCGGUUUAAUUGUUUUUGGACCCUAUUUGGCUAAAUACAUGAAAACAGGAGGAUUCAAAAAUGUUAGGCUUCCUAGGAAUUUACUGGUCGGUAUCUUCGCUUCAGUUAUAGCACAAAGAGUAACCAUAAGAUAUAAAUAUUCAAAUGAGAUUGAUCAAUUGAAAUAUCAGACCGUGUCUCAACAAAACUGGGAUUCUACAAACAAUUUUCAAACAAAUAGUUUAACAAGACAACUAGGUAUGAUGGAGCAAUUACAGAAUAGUCCUCCAAAGAUGUGGUCGAAUUAUUUUAAAGCUACUUUUAAUAAUCCUUCAAGAAGAUUUCCUGAUCCAAGAGAAAGAUUACAAAAAAUGCUUGAAAAUCCUAAUAGGCCAACAGGUGCAAGUUUUUUAAACCAAAGGGAUCCCUUUAGUCUAUACUCAGGUGCUCGUCAUGAUUCCCAUCUACCAAAACCUGAACCACUACAACCAAACUAUUCUGAUUCAGGUGAUUUAAGAAAUCCUGUUCAAACUUCAUACGACCCAUUUAUGACUUCCAGUAAUGAUAAUAACACGCUUGACUCUAAUUUCAAGAACGAUACUAAACCUGGUGACUUCCAAAGAAAUAGAGAUGGCAUAUCUCAAAGAGCUUUGCAAAAUUCUCGAGCUCAAGAUCCAUUAAUACGGCCACAGCAAGGUAGUUCUUGGGAGAAAGUGAGAAAUGGGAUGUGGAAUAAGCCAGAUGCUUCUCAACAAGAUGAAAAAGAUCUAUUUGAUACUUCGUCAAUUUUAGAUAUUGAUUAUUCUAACGACAAGAAAUAG